CCGCCAUGUUCGACCCCAUGUGGGACGCCGUCCUCUCCAUGAGCCAGGAGGGCGGCGGCCUCCUCUCCGUCGCCACCUUCGCCUCCAUGUUCGCCUCCUACUGCGCGCGCCGCAACUUCAAGGAGGCCGCCCUGGCCUUCGACGUCAUGGAGCGCCACGGCGUGCCGCCCGACGCCGUCGCUCUCAACUCGCUCCUCUCCGCCAUGUGCCGCCAGGACGGCGGCGCGCAGGCCGCGUCCGAGGCCUUCGAAACCUACAAGACCAAGGUCGCCCCCGACGCCGACACCUUCGCGAUACUGCUCGAGGCCUGGGAGAAGGAGGGGAACGUCCAGCGCGCCAAGAGCACCUUCGGCGAGAUGAUUGUCCGUGUCGGCUGGGACAGAAGCAACAUGCCGGCCUACGACGCCUUCCUUUCGACGCUGGUGCAAGGGGGCCAGUUCAACGAGGCCUUCAGCUUCCUGCAGGUGAUGAGGACCAAUGGCUGCCUCCCGGGGCUCAAGUUCUUUGCCAACGCCAUCGACAUCCUCAUCCGCAAGGGAGACCACGUCAACGCUAUCGCUAUUUGGCAGAUUAUGGUCUCGGAUGCAGGGCUGGUUCCUAACCUCCCAAUGUACAACGCCGUAAUCGCCCUCUGCUGCAGCGUCGGUAACACCGACUACGCCUUCCACAUGCUUGACGAAAUGCCCUUAAAUGGGGUCUUUGCAGAUUCUGUUACAUAUAAUGCCAUACUAGAGGGACUCAUCAACCAGCGCAAGGCUCGCGAGGCUGAAGCUUUCCUCGCAGAGAUGAGCAAGAACGAGCAGCUGCCCUCCACGUCCAACUGCGCCGCUGCUAUCCGCUUAUUCUCUGAGGAGUUCAACCCAUCUGCCGCAGUUGACGUGUGGCACUGCAUUGUGGAGCACCAAAUCACCCCAGCCGAGGAAUCAGCCAAAGAGCUAAUAGCUGGGCUUCUCACCUUUAGCAGGUUUGCCGAUGUGAAGAAAUAUUCCGAGGAGAUGAUUGACAUGGGAAUUAAGUUUCCCCAGUCCACCAUAGAAAAAUUUAAGUACACAUUUGAUAAGGCUGACAGGCUCCACAUAUAUGACCAAAUUGCAAGAAGGAUGAAGCAGCGGUAGCAACACAUGGAUGGUGUAAUUCAUCAGGCCUCAGGGUUUCUAUUGAACUAGCUGGAGGUAUUAUCCUGGAUUACUAGUUUCCAUGCCGCUUCCAUGUGUGGUUUCCUUGCUGCUAUGGACAUCUUACUCUCCUUGUUCGAGAAUGUUCAAGUGCCUCUGGGCACAAUGCACAAGGCAGAUACCAAGGACCCUUGUGCUGGAUAUUAUCAUUUUUUUCUUUUCAAUGCAUUAUCAUUCCAACUCCUGGCCAAUUGCCAUCUUCCUUUGUUUGAACAAGAAUAUUUAAUGGAGAAAGAAAAUUACCACCCUGAUCUGUUGGAUUAGUGACUCUGUACUUUCCGAUGACUUACCAUUUUCUUCUACCACUAACCCUGGCGGGAGUUACUGUUUUGAUAUACCCAAACCAAAAAAAUAGUGACUGAGGAAAUUAUUGCUGGCUCUAUCUUUUGAUAGCCAAAGCCCAAAAGUAUAGGUGUCUACAAACAUGUUCUUCCAAAAAACCAUUGGGAAUCUCUAGGCUCUGCUGAUUGAAGUUUUGUGUGCAAGGAAGACAAACUCUAGUGGCUGCAUUGUGAUUCUAGAAAAAUCUGAUUGUUUCCGGUGCAUCCGGUUGUUGGGGUGUUGGAGCAGGCGGGUGCUGCUAGGGCGGAGGCAAGAACAAAGCCAGGAUAAAUGACCAGUGAGGUCAUCAUACAUCAAACUGUAGUAAUCUUACCACAAUAUACUAAUUUAUUGGCUAAAAAAUCUGACAUGGAUAGAAAGUUCUAAGAGCAAUACCAGCGAUGGAUAGUUAAUAUCCCACCCGUGUUGUCCGGGGUUCAAAAGGAAUGACUUGAAGAGCAAAACAGACUAUAUAAAAUGACCCAAUGCCCUCCUAAAGACCCAAUCAAUUCAGACCUACUCAUCUACAGAAUCGAUCGUUGCCGUCAUUGUCAUCAUGUGGAUCCAAAAGGCCCAACAUCGGUAAGUUAUAGAAUUGUUGAAUUCUUUCAGUUGUGUUGUUCUUGGGUUGACAUGCCCAUGGCCAGUGGGCACCCACCACUGAUUGGCGUGGCAAGUAGCUAUGUCCCUGAGGAUCUCUUUGAUGACAUUGAUUUCUUUUGAGGGCCGGCCAUAUGGUCGGUUGGGCAUUGCGUUUUAUGGUCUACCUUUGUAAUCAUAUAGCAUCACAUGUACCUUGGGAUAAUUAGCCCAAUGAAAGUACCCAAGGAUAUCGAACCCACUGUGGAGAUGUGCGUUCACCACAUAAAAAAAAUUGAGCAAAAAAAUCACAAGGAUGUCAUGUAUAAAGAUGAUCAACCUUUGGAAGAUUGAUAAGUGCAAAGAACUUACUAAUAUGGACACUCACAGAGGUAAUGGUGGAAACCUCAGGGCAAGGUGCAGAUAAAGACGGUUGCCGAGGCCUGAGGUCAAUAACCAAGGAAGUUGUGUUUUGGAUUUUGAGAAGGCUCUUAGUGGUAUGAAAUAUUAGAUUUUCUUGCCAUGCCAGCCCUUUCCUGCUGCCAGGAUACCAAUGCCUCUUUCUGACGUGCUUGCCACGGUAGCCAUUUAUGUUGCCACGACAGCAACAAUCCUUGCUAAUGUUGGCAGGGAAAUUCGAUCCCCUAUUAAUGCACUAAGAACCUUCUCUGUACCCACAGCCCUAACUUCCUUGGUUGCUGAUCCUGGGCUUCCGUCUUUAUCUUCACCUUGCUUGGCAGAUCCCAAAUUAGGGGGCUCACGGGACCCGUAUUUCCACCAUCAUCUAUAUGAUCUGUGUCCAUAACCUUAUGAUCUGUGCCCUUAGCUGAUCAAGAUUUAAAUCAUCUUCAUCCAUGACCUCUUGGCCGUUAGCUCAAAAAUUAUCUGCUGAACCCAUCCAUGCACCGUUAGCUCAAUGUCCUUAGGUAUUUUCGCUAGGCUAAUAAUCGCAAGGUACAUGCUCGGUACUUUAUGCUUAAGAAGGUUGAUCAUAUCCAAACACAAUAGCUCACAAACCAAACUGCUGACCCUCCAAAGGCGAUAAAAAUCAUCGAAGUGGUCUAUAGGGACACCAUGUACACGAGCCCACACGUUAGGCCUUUGUAAAGCAACUUUAUAUGGUUCCUGACAUGGGGCUCCCCAAACGGACCAAAUGAUUCAGUAUCCACCUUGGGUUGACACGGUAAAUGGACGAUCAAAGCAUCAUCCUCAUGGCUACCCCUUGUGGGAACAACGCAAGUAAGUUCACGAAUACAUGCUCAGCAUCACCACCGGAGAGCGAUGUUUCUUCAUAGAUCUGUGUAUGUUUAUGAUACUAAUAUCGAGAGCUGAUGAUGCCAUAUCAACAUAGAAAAGCGUCGAUCUCACUAGGUCACAACGUGAUUUGCGGUAGCACAAACACCACACAAAAGGGGUGUACCAUCUGGACAAAGAUUCUGACUUGGUUGGCGGCACCUGCCACCGAAGAUUCUGCUACUCGAUCACUCCAUUGCCUGCCGAUGAAGGUGUCGUCCUCUGCUCGCCCCCACAGCAAGCUACUGAUUAGCCACACUAUGAGGAGGAGCUAUCUGUUGUUGUGCACUCUCUCAUUGUGUUGUUGUUGCGAGUCUUACCAGCAGCGAGCUCCAUAUGACUAUUGUCACUUGUCAGCAACCAUGCCUGGGUUCUAGUGGCUACUGGUCACCAGCGUCGGGCGCGUUCAGAGAGUGGGAAAGUGAGAUCUGUUGAAUGAGGGAGAGAGUGAACGAGAAAGAGGAGAGACGAUGUUUUUAUUUCGAACAAAAGAAGAUACAUUGGAUGCCCCUAUGUCCGCUUAGCUAGCUUUCUGUCCUAUAUGGCUUGUUGCUUGACAGAAUUGGACCAAAGAUGCACCUGUAAACUUUAGGGAGCCAAAUUCACAUUUUUCAAGUUCUUGGACUACUGAUCCCACCUGCAAAGUUUACAUACCGCCAUUGUAAUUUACUCUUCUAAAAAAUGUGCACAAUCAUAGCUAUGCUUACUAAAUGUGGUACGUAUCUCAUGAGGAACAGUUACAUUUUUCUUGUCUAAGUUGCACCAUCUUUGUCCAUCACUGCAUUGAUGAAUGGAGACAGGAAACUACUUAGUUUAUUUGGUAAUUAGGGGAGCCCCAGAUCUCACUAACAAGAAUUACGAGUCGAAGAGUCGAGUUGAGUUGUCAGGGUACCGACUCAUGGACUAGUCAGGACUAGUGUAGACUCAGUAGACUAGUUGACGUGGACUAAUAUAAAUCUAUAAUACAACAACAACAAAGCCUUUAUUCCCAAACAAGUUGGUUGGGGUAGGCUAGAGGUGAAACCCAAUAGAUCUCGUAACCAACUCAUGGUUUGGCACAUGGAU